UGACGCGUCUUCUUACGGGCCUAAACUUCACUUCAACUUCAACUAACUAGUCCUUAACUAAAGCGCAUAUCCAAGCGCAUGGGGGAAAGUGAUAUCAUCUUCUUCUAAUAUUCAACAUAUGAUGAGUUGAUUCAUCCGAUAUUAUCAUGGGCCUUCCCUUAAGAAUGGACAACAUUCACGCACCUACCGUUCCUGCGGGACCCUCAUCCCGGCCGCUAGCAAAUGGAAAUGCAAAGCAUCUCUCAUUUGCUGAACUUCAGGCCAAGAAAGACGAUAUGGAAGCUGAAUUAAAAGCCCUAAGUAGCGUUCUUGACUCGGUUAGUGGUCGCCAUCCAAGCCCAUUAUAACACGGUCCUGAUUCUAUCUACAGCAUGGUGUCAAUAUGGAAACGCCUUUGACCACGGCCGAUGGAUUUCCUCGGGCAGAUAUUGACGUUGCGCAAAUACGUACCACCCGAGCUCGAAUCAUCCGCCUAAAAAACGACUACAAAGACCUC